AUUCUCACGCUUUGCAUCACAGUCACUUGCUUUGCAAAUCAAUUGAGAUAUGCCAUUAUGCGAAAAAGUAGCGUUGCUUUUAGUGAAUUAAACAACAAUUUAUUGGUCGAGCCAUUUAUAAAUAAAUGACUUUAAUAAUAAAUAAACAAAAAACUCGAAAACUCAAACCGAAAAUAUGCCUCUCUCAGAUUUGUGGACUUUCAAAAAUAUAGAUUCUGUUUUCACGAAAACCAAAAGGCGAAGUUAUGAGCGCUGAAGAUUGUGUAAGGAGAGCAGUUGUUAUUGACAAUGGAUCCGGUACAGUCAAAGCCGGCUUUGCAGACGAAGAUAACCCACGGGCAGUUUUUCCUCCAAUCGUGGGCCAACCGAAAUUCGAUCCCAAACUUUUUGGCUGGGAACACAAAGACACUUACGUUGGCGAUGAAGCCCAGGCCAAACGUGAGAUUUUAAGAAACAACAGAAAAACUUUAGAACGAGGAAUUGUGACUAACUGGAACGACUUGGAAAAAAUCUGGCGUCACACUUUGUUCAACGAGCUCCGAAUAGAUCCGGAGGAGUAUCCAGUGCUUCUAACCGAAACAUCUUUGAAUCCGAAGUCACAUCGAGAACGGAUGACUCAAAUUAUGUUCGAGAAAUUUGGAGUUCCAGCGAUGUAUGUUGCGGUCCAAGCAGUGCUGUCGCUCUACGCCACAGGAAGAUUAACCGGAUUAGUUCUGGACAUCGGGGAUGGUGCAACGCAAACUGUUCCAAUAUACGAAGGCUACUCAAUUCAACAUGCAAUUCAGCUAUUAGAUUUGGCUGGAAAUGAUUUAACGAAGUAUCUUGGGCAAAUGCUUAGCGGGAGAAGGUUGAGCUUCACGACGACAACCGACCUAGAAAUUGCUCGGGACAUCAAAGAAAAGUUUUGGUACACAGCUCUCGACUUUGAUCAAGAAAUAAAACAAACAGAAAAUUCAAAUGAGAUCAAGAAAACUUAUGAGCUCCCGGAUGGACAAGUUAUCACAGUCGGAAACGAGAGGUUUCGUUGUCCUGAAUUUCUUUUUGAACCCGAAAUCUUAAGAAAACAGGCUGGUUCCGGAGUACAAAAGAUGGUUUACAAAUCAAUUAAGAAAAGCAAUGAUGACAUCCGGAAUUACCUUUAUGAAAAUAUAGUACUUUCUGGUGGCUCUACAAUGUUUCCGCGAUUCGAUGAGCGAUUGAGCAAAGAAAUCACCAAGUUGAAAGAUGAUAAUAUAACGGUAAAAGUGCUUGCGCCACCAGAAAGGAAUUACUGUACUUGGGUUGGUGGCUCAAUUUUGGCUUCUCUAUCUUCGCUUAAGCAGAUGUGGAUCUCCAAAGAAGAGUUCGAUGAAUUUGGGUCAACUAUUGUACAUAAAAAAUGUUUUUAA